UGAAUUAUCUUUAACAUAACUCUAUACUCUCUGAGGUUUUGUACUCUGCUUAUGGGUGCUGCUUGGGGGUUUUGAAGAAUGGCGGAAUCUGAAACCCUAGUCACUGCACAACCCGCUGUGGCGGAGGAAGAGGCCAACAGGAACGAAGACACAUCCAUGCCGGACGCUGUAAAUCCUAGCGAAGAUUCCGACUCCUCUUCCGGUUCUGACUCCGACUCCGAGGAUGAAUCCCAAGUAAUUGAGCAGAUUGACGCACUCGAGAAAUCCCUGAACGCCAAUCCGUCGGAUUACGAGUCUCAUAUCAAAUACAUCAACAUUCUGCGGAAGCAAGGAAACAUAGAGAAGUUGAGACAAGCUAGGGAGGCUAUGAGUUUGUUGUUUCCUUUGACUCCAGAAAUGUGGCGGGAAUGGGCUAAAGAUGAAACAACCAUUACUUCUGGAGCAGACACAUUGCCUACAGUUGAAAAGCUCUACGAGCGAGGGGUUUCUGAUUAUUUGUCUGUUGAUCUUUGGUGUGACUACAUGAAUUUUAUGCAAGAGCAUGAUCCCUCAGUUUGUGAAUGCUCUGCUUCUGGCAUCUCAAAAGCAAGGAAUUUGUUUGAGCGUGCUCUUACUGCUGCUGGGUUGCACAUUUCUGAAGGUCACAGGAUAUGGGAAUUGUACCGGGAAUUUGAACAAGCCAUCUUUCUAACCAUUGAAGAAACUGAUUCAGGGGCGAAGGAAAAACAGACCCAGCGCAUACAAAAUUUGUUUCAUCGACAGUUGUCAAUUCCCCUUGCUAACCUUAAAGAAACUCUUAUUGCAUACAAAGCUUGGGUAGCUGAGCAUGGGAAUUCAACUGAUAAUAAUGGUGGGGAGUUAGAUGGUCUUCCAUCUAAUGUAGUCUCUACAUAUCAGAAGGCAUUGGAAACGUUGAAUGCUCGUAGUCAUUUUGAGGAAAAAAUAUCCAAAAAAGAGGUUGACACAGAAAAGCUUCAAGAUUACAUGUUCUACUUGAAAUUUGAGCACUCAUAUGGAGAUCCAGCUCGCAUACAGAUCUUGUAUGAGCGUGCGAUAGCUGAUUUUCCGCUAUCUGCUGAUCUUUGGAUUGACUACACUCAGUAUCUGGAUAAAACUUUCAAGACUGCCAAAAUUGGAAGAGAUGCUUAUUACAGAGCCACAAGGAAUUGUCCUUGGGUAGGAGAAUUGUGGGUUAAUUAUUUACUCUCUCUGGAACGCAGUCGUGGUUCUGAGGAAGAAUUAUCAACGGUGUUUGAGAGAUCCUUGCAGUGCAUUUUUUCAAGCUAUGAUGAGUAUCUAAAUGUGUUCCUCACUAGAAUAGAUGGAUUGAGGCGCAGACUGUGUGCUGCCAAACAAAUUGAAGCUGGUGUGGAAUUUGCUGCUAUAAGGGAUAUAUUUCAGCGUGCAUCAGAUUACUUAUCUGCAUACCUCAUCAGCACAGAUAGCUUACUCCGGAUUUACAGUUAUUGGGCUCGAUUGGAGUUAAAUUUGGGAAAAAAUUUGAAUGCAGCUCGUGGUGUGUGGGAGAGCUUGAUAAAAAUCAGUGGAUCUACACUGGAAGCUUGGCAGGGUUAUAUAGCAUGGGAGACCGAGAGAGGCCACAUAAAUGAGGCCCGGUCUCUUUACAAGAGGUGCUACAGUAAAAGGUUCGCUGGCACAGGCUCAGAGGAUAUCUGCCAUUCAUGGCUGCAAUUUGAGAGAGAAUAUGGUUCACUGGAAGACUUUGAUCAUGCUGUUCAAAAGGUGACUCCUCGAAUUCAAGAGCAGCAGCUAUUAAGGUUGCAGCAGGAGGAAACAAAGAUUGGUCCACCUACAAAUGAGAGAGAAACUUCUUCUGGUAAAAGUUCUCGUGAAAAGAGGAAGUCAGCUUCAAGUGCAAUUGACAAACAGAAUCCUGAAAAGCGUCAAAAAAAUAUGGCACAAAAUAUUAAGAAGACAAAUGACAAUGAUCAAGGUCAAGGUCAAGCAAAGCCUUCAACUGAAGCUAGUAAAGCCACUGGUUUAGAUGAGGAAAAAGUUGAGCAUGCAGGCGACCUGAAAAAGGAGAAGUCCUCAAAGAAGCCUCUGCCAUUUGACGAUCAAUGCACAGCCUUUAUUUCAAAUCUAAAUCUCAAGACUACUGAUGAUGAUCUACGCAAAUUUUUUGGUGAUGUUGGUGGAGUUGUUGCUGUUCGGCUGUUGAAGGACAAAUUCACUAGAAAAUCAAGAGGAUUAGCCUAUGUGGACUUCUCAGAUGAUGCACACCUUGCUGCAGCUUUGGAGAAGAACAGAGAAACGUUCAUGGGCAAGAAAUUAAGCAUUUUGAAAUCAGAUCCCCAACAAGGCAGGAAGAAAAGAGGUGCCGGAUUUGACCACGGUAAUACAGGGAAAAAGGAUUCAGAGGAGGCUUCCAAAGGGCAAAAUGAAUCCAAGCCACAAUCUUCCAAUUCCAGGCCAGACAAAGAUGUCGAGCUUAAGGGGAAGAACACAUUCGCAAUGCCAAGAAAUGUGAAACCCCUAGGCUGGAGCAACCGAAAUCAACCAAAAUCUGAAGGAAGCACUCAACAGGGGGAGGACGAAAACCCAAAAUCCAACGAUGAGUUCAGGAAGAUGUUUCUUAAGAAAUGAAUGCCGGCCAACUUACAUUGUGGUGAGUGAACAAAGACAAAAGGUUAGAGAGAGAGGUUGGGCUGCACCGAUGGCUCGACGGGCACAACUAAAACUAAAAUAGAGAUUAUUGGUUUAAGGUAUGAUUGUCUCAAUUAAGUAUACACUUUACUUGUUUAUAUUUGGAAAGAGUCUUGUGUUACAGUUAACAGAUAGAUAGUUUUUCAAUGCACACCUAUCUUUACUUUUUUUUUGCAUGCGCCAUCGGUUCUAUCUUCUCUGGAUGAGAUUUUGAGUUAUUAAUUAAAUUGUUACAUCAUUCGCUCG